GAGACCUUUUGGAUAGAAUGUGACCAGAAAAUUACAGUCUGGUCCAGUCCGAACCAAAGUGAUACUGCUCCAGUCUUCAGUUGGGAACUUUCUUCAAGUUUGGCUUCGGUUUGGUCUGGACUGGUCCAGUUUCAGUCCGAUCCAAUCCAGUUCCACACUGUUGCUUGCAUCCUGUCACACUCUCAUGUUCCAAAAUUUGGCCAGUGGGACAAGGAUGAUAUACCUUAUACAGCCUUCUUCGAGAAUGCACGUAGGGAAAAGUCUGGAAUGAAGAUGAACCCAAAUGAUCCUGAGGAGAACCCGGAGGCAUUUAUGCUUGCAAUGGGAGGCCGUGAAAGCAAUAGUAAUUUCCGUCAAGCUCAGUCCCCUCUCCAUGUUAACUCUAACAUGUCAGUUUCAGCAGGAAAACACCAUGCUGAAAGAAAAUCAAGGCACAGCCCUUCUACAGAAAAUGCUUCUCGUAACCAAGAUGCCUGGAGCCAUAGGAGGAUAAGAUCAGAAUCUCUUGUCAAUAGAAGCAAUUUCGAUUAUUCACAGCAGAAACCAGGUAUGAGACAGGCAAAAUCUGAAUACAAUAAGGAUGUCAAUAAUGGAAGGUAUGCUUUUUCUGGGACAGGACACCCAAGGCACAAAAGUACUGGAAGUUCUAUUCCAGAUGACAAUAAGGUAACUUCCCUUUCCUUUCAUCAGCAAAGGCUAAUUCAAUCUGUGGUUUAAAGAAAGUAGUAGAUUUAGGAAUUUAAUGAGAAUUAAACCAAACACAACCAUAUCUCUCAUGUUUUUU